AUGUCAGCGUUUUUAUCCGCUCCUAGUAAGGACGGUCCAAUUUACACCAUGAGAGUUAUAUUUCCCAUUAUUAGUUGUUUCUUCUCAUACGUCAACGCGUGGAUGAUGCUGGCUCUGAACGGUGACAUUCGCAGGAAAAUUUUGGCUUUACUAGGACAUCGAAAGCGAAAGGAUCAGACAUGUGAUGUGAUACUGGCAGUGACACCGCCUCUGAGAGGUCUGUGA